GAGAGAGAGAAAAUGGAACGUGACACACACAAAAUUAAUUUUGGUGAGACUGUAGAGAUGCCAUUGCUUGUUAAAGCUAACAUAUUGGCAAGAGUACGUACUGAGAGAGAGAGAGAGGGAAUAAAGAUGAUGUUUGUUUUGCUAUUGAUUUACCACGUGUUUAUUGAUGACGUCAUUGGACACCCACAAUGCCUCGACUACCGAGCACCGUUUAAACCGGAAACAGCUCUACACUUCUGCUCUCAGUACACUGAGCUAGGCUGCUGCAGUACAACAAAUGACGAGAUUCUGCGAGAUGAGUUUGAGUACAUCAAGACCCAAGUGACGAGAGAGGACUGGCAGCGCUGUGGUGACUUCGUCCAAGAGAUAUUAUGCCAGAAGUGCUCUCCCUACGCGGCCCACAUCUACGAUGCGGAGGGCUCGUCCCAGGCUCGCAAGUUUCCCGGAUUGUGCCAGCAUUACUGUUACAAUUACUUUGAGGCUUGCAGUAACUUGACCAUGCUGUUGCACCCUGGACUAGUCACUGCGGAAAUAAUGGCAUCAAAACGCAGUUUCUGUGACAAAGUGUCGUUGCAAGAUAAAGACUACUGCUACCCAGAUCUCUUGACCAAUCCAAUGAUUCUGAGAAACUGGACAAUUGCCAGGGACUCGGAUGACAUAAGCUCUGGUUGCCUUUGUCUAGAGGAGAUUAAGAGAGGGCUGUCCAACCCCCUGUGGGCAAGACAUGCAAGGGACGGAACUGGAAGACUCUUUGUAGCAGAGCAGAAAGGCCGAGUCCAUAUUUACAACAUUAAAACCAAGAAAUGGAACAGAUCCUGCUUUCUGAAUUUAUCUGGCAAAGUCAGCUUGAAUAGCUGGGCAGGGGAUGAACGAGGUUUUCUAGGCAUGGCGUUCCAUCCUUCUUUCUCCACCAAUGGAAGAUUUUUCAUCUACUACUCGGUAAAAACGAGUCCCGACGAAGUCAUCCCGCCGGAAAUGUCGCAAUAUCCUUGCCAUAACAAGAUUCGCGUCAGCCAGCUACGACUCUCAGCAGACGACCCAGACAAGGCGGAUAUGAACUCGGAGCAGAUUUUACUGGAAGUGCUGCAACCGUAUGAGAAUCACAAUGGAGGGGAGAUGCUAUUUGGACAAGAUGGCUAUCUUUACAUUUUCAUUGGAGAUGGGGGUGGCGCAGGUGACCCUUUGGAUGCUGGACAAAACAAAUCAAUGUUGCUGGGGAAAGUUUUGCGUAUCGAUGUGGACUCCGGCCAACCUUACGCCAUCCCACCAGACAACCCUUUUGUUGGACAACCAGGCAGCAGACCAGAGAUAUACGCCUAUGGCGUCCGAAAUAUCUGGAGAUGCGGAGUAGACAGGGGACGUAGGGAUACCGGAGAGUUCAAAGGUCGCACGUUGUGCGGAGACGUGGGUCAAGACGCCUAUGAAGAAAUCAAUGUGCUGAAGAGGGGAGCAAACUACGGCUGGAAUUCAAGAGAAGGUUUUGAAUGCUACAAUAUGGAGACUUGUGGAACCAUAGGUUCAGAAGAGUUACCCAUACACGCCUACAAUCACACGUUUGGUAAAUCAGUCACUGGGGGCGUAUUUUAUCGAGGCUGUGAGAGCCCCUCUCUAGACGGACAAUACAUCUACGGUGACUAUAUCAGCAGUCGAUUGUUUUCACUAAGUGAGUCUGGAGGCAAGUGGACCAAUCGAGAAGUCCAUCUAUGUGGGUCAUCUUUGUGUCAAGGCAAUCUGGUGGGACACCUGCAGGAGUAUAUUCUAUCCUUUGGGGAAGACGAGGAAGGUGAAAUCUAUCUGCUGGGCAGUCUCAGCUCCUCCAGUGGGAAAUGUGAUGGGAAAUUGUAUAAAAUUGUUGACCCCUUGGCGCGUGGGGAUCCUGCCAACUGCAAAGUGGAUGCGACGUUGAAAAAACGAGUACAAGUACCAAAGAGAAAGCAGCCGCGACAAAAAGACAACACUGUUUUGUACAAGUCUAGAAACAAAGCGAAAGUAAACAAACCGGAAGUUUCGGACGAAAUCUCGACUAGAACGCUGUGGCGAAAGCGUAGCGAGAAAGGACGAGGUUUGUCCAUUGAGUCAAACAAGAAGAAGAAUGUUCAACAUGGGCUCAGAUCUAGAACUGUUGCCUGGAAUGGUUCUAAGUACUCAGAGAAGAAAGACAGACCAAGAGGCAAGAAAAUGAAAGGCAAAAGACCCAAGCUGAAGACGACCUUGAGAAAACACGAAGAAGGCAUCUGCGGUUGUCUUUAAGAAAAUAUCUUUAUGACUAAAAUGAAAACUGCAUUUGUUUUUGUUUUUUAACAAAGCUUGUAUCACCUCACUCUGUCUGUCUCAGUGUCUGUCUAUAUGUUUGGUAAAGAGUUUGAACAUGUUUUUUUUCAAAUCCCAUUUCCUAUUUUAGGUUCAAGUUAAAACUUUGCACAAUUAUUCAUUAAACUUGACAAGACAUGAAUUUAAAAAAUUAACUAUUAGUUAAUUAAUUGAUGGUUAUUAAUUAUUUUGUUUGCUUUCGAAAUAAAGUGAAUACAUGCUACUUAAUGAGAGAUGUGGAUAUAUAUAUAUAUGGAUUUAGUCCCAAUUUGAUACUUUUUUUUUCUACCACUUCCCAUUCUCGUAUCAAGUUGAAAUUUUUGCAGAAUUAUUCGUAAUCGAUAACAAUACACAAAUUAAUCCAAAAAUUAACCAAUUAGUUAAUCCUUUAUUACUAAUUAAUUAAUUUCGUCAUAAAUAGCAGAAAGGGAGAUAAGCCCCUUAAUUUUCAGAUAAAUGUACUUAGAGGUUCCUUCCCUUUGAUAAGCUUUGUUUUUAAAGAAACAUUAUUCUUUUUCUAUUGCUUGUU